AUGAUGUCCAUAAAACAACAGAGGCCUUGUGUGGGACUCGGCCGGAUCACAUUGUGCCACCGUUUUCUGUCUGGUUCGCGGUUCGUAUAUCCAUUGGUCGCUCCCAAACUAAGCUCGAGACAAGAAAAAAUACAUUGCAUACCUGGUACUACCGCAUUCAAAAUAACCAGUCCAGCCUCCAGAUAUGACUGGAAAUUCUCUCAUAGGUCUUUUAGCUCGACAUCAAGUCUACAAAUAAGACGCGGGGUGGGGUCUAACGGGGUUUUCAGUUUAGUGCCUGAUUCGGUCAAGGUUUUUGGAUUGGCCCUAGGCAUUGGAUCAGUGGUGGUGUUCGUUGCAUUACCCAUUGCAACCAUAGUGGUUCCACCGGUACUGUUAGGUGGCUGGCUGUUCGCGAGAACCAUGUUACGGAGAAGAAGGAAAGAGCUGGAUACGGUGAUGGAGAAGUUAAAGAGUACUAAGCUCAGAUACGAGGCCUUGGAACCAGAACUGGAAAUCGGUGAUACGAAUCUGGCAAAGUUUGCGCUCCAGCGUUUCACGUAUGCCCUACAGGAUAACGAACAGAGUCUUGAUGAGAUUUUUGAGAUGGGGUCGCAGACUUACCGUUUGGCAUUGGGUCCUAUUGAAUCCCAUAAUCAAGAGUGGAGAUUCAGAGAUGGAGCGUAUGCCUUGCUGGGCAUUGAGCGCAGGGGAAUCAUCGACAAAAACUCGGAAGAACGCAUUGGGACAAUGUCCAUAGCGACUCUUUCCAGCACUGUCCACAAUCCUCUUGAGGCCAUCAUAUCAGACUCGUUCUACAAUAUGGUGAUCGAAGUGACCCCUAAGGGUCGUUUGGCCCGGACCUAUACCAUAGACACUCCAAAGGAGGUCAUGGAAGGUGACGAUGAAAUUAUUGAUGUUCAGGGUCGUACCAGAGAUCAGUAA